ACGAUGCUUUCUACGAGCCUAUGAGGAGCCAGAGAGCAAGUGCAGCGAGGAAAGAAACCUAAAAGUGAAGUUCUUUGCGGCAAAGGCCCUGUAGAUCAGGACACACCUUAGCGGCUCAUAUGAAAUAAUACAACUUAAGGACUUAAUUUUAGCAGAUAUGAGCGUAUUAGGCAACUGACUACUGGGAUUGCUUAAGUUUGGGUUGAGAAGUGCACUUAAGAGGAUAAAUUGAGGAACAAGGAUUGAGCAGUGAGAGGGAAAGACUAAAAAAUGGUGGCACCUUCAGUGUGAGCUGUAAGUUAGGUGUGAUUUGUACAGUCUGCAGCGUGUGUGUGUGUGUGUCUGAACUGGUCGACAGUUUGGUUGCAGGCUUCUGCUGAGCAGAACGUGUGGUGUCUUGAUUGACCUGAUUGCUGCUACUGAUACUGUUAUGGACUCCACUGCACUGUUGUCUGUGGUAGGCGGGGCUUUCCUCCUGUCAAUCAUCCUUGUAGCCAGUCUUUGUACAUACUGCUGGGGGCAUAAACAACCAACAUCCAUCCAUCAGAGGCCCAGCGACUCAGAAUACCACCCAGCAUCCAGUUUUGGGCUUCGGCAUCCCGUAUCGACAUAUGCGCCCCAUACGGACCAUGCCAGAAUUGGACCUUACCCGCAUCCCAAUUCACCCAAUACAACAAUUAUCCAGAAGGUGCCCUCCUGUCCUCCCUCAGAAACUGGAAGUCAAGCCAGUUAUGUGAAUCAAAAGGGUGAGGAGGGAAUCACCAUUCAUGUCAAUCAUCAUGAGAGUGAAGAUGAGCCAUGUGAUCCACCUCUAAGUGAAUACAUAGUUGUUCUUCCAGAUCUCCCAAUGCCACAUUCUCAGAGUCGGGCACCCAGCAGAGCUUCAUCUCUGAGCUCAGGAGACCAAUACAUUAAUGUAAAAGAUGAAAAAGAUGAUAAUGUACCUGAAGUUAUAUUCGACUAUGUGAUGCAUACGGAUGAAUCAGACUCAGACAUUCCUGAUUAUGAAAAUUACCAAAAUUCUCCAGGCCACAGAAAAGAAUCUUAUAGUUUGUCCCGUGGAAGUCAAAGCAGUGAUGAACGGGACAGCUCUGAUUAUGUCAACACAGACCCUAAUUUACAAUAAUCAAGACUUGCAAAAUCAUCCCAAAUGCCAGAGGAGUUUCCAGAUUUACCAAUGCUUUGAAUUUUUUAGUUCAGCAUCACCAAGAAAGCACUGAACCAGCGUCACCAUGGAAAAUGUCCUCCUUCGUUCCUUAUGACAGAUUUACUGACGAUACCUGAGAAUGUUUUUAUUAGUUUUUUAAUAAUUAACUUUUGCUGUUUACAGUGUACUGCAUCAAGGCUUUUACUUCCAAAUAUGAGCACAAAUUUCUUUGAAUCUGCCAUGUAAUAUAUAGCUUUUUGUUAAUUUUUUUUUAAUUCAUUCAACAUGUUAGCUAUUGGUUUGUUAAAUGUGGAAAUAAAGGUUUUACUAAUUCACAUGGUGUAUGGAGCAACAAUAUGAAUAGAAUCUGUAAUUAUGGCCAAGAAAUGUAGUGAAUGCCAGCAGGAAAGAUCAACUCAGCAUGUAAGAAUAAGAUUCAAAACAAAACACAAAGGAGAG